GGACUGAUUCCGGGAAAAAAGGCGUUUAGCUCUCCAUUCCGUCCAAACACGGCCGUGCUGCGAUAACGCGUGUCAGACGAAACACCGGACCAGCGCUGAGAAUCGUUAACUGACCCAUAUUCACCUUCGUGCGAGGUCAGCAAAGACGAGAAAUCAACAACAGGUUUCAGGGACACAUAAAACCAGACAAUGACUUCAGACGGCAGAGCUAGUAAAGCCCUCAAGGUGAAAAGGGAAUGCGGAGAGAACAUCCCCGUGCUGAGCGACAGCGAGCUCAUGUCUCUGUCAGUACGUGAACUCAACAUGCACUUACGUGGUUUGUCUCGCGAGGAGGUACAGAAGCUGAAGCAGAGGCGGCGCACGCUAAAGAACCGCGGCUACGCUGCCAGCUGCCGGGUGAAGCGCGUGUCCCAGCGCGAGGCUCUGGAGCAGCAGAAGAAGGAGCUCCAGCAGGAGGUAGAACGGCUCGGGGCAGAGAACGCCGGCAUGCGGCGUGAGCUGGAAGGCUUGGGAGCCCGUCUCGCCGCCCUUCAGCGGUUCGCCAGAGGUCUGGAGUCUGGAGGUGGCAGUUUACUGGCAACAACACCCCGUCUGAACACAGCCUCCGUCAUCACCAUAGUCAAGACCCCACAGCAGGUGCACAAUCCUAGAGAAGGAGCAUCCUAGAACAUCGCCUCACACACACAUAUUAGGUACACAGUAUGAUCGCACAGACAGACAGGACCAUGUAUACUCGCAUAUACAGGAAGUACAAAUUGGGAAAGACAGACUCGCUUAUAUGUAUACAAGUCGUAUAUUAUGUCCAAGAAUAUUCUCAGUACUGUUGUUGUGGCCUCAAAUAUAAUGACAAGUGUAUUCAUCUGCACAAAAAAGCUAUAGGUAAUAAUAGCGUUAUGCUAUUUAUUCUGCGCAUUAUUACUGUGGUGACACGUGAUCAAUAAUAGUCGUAAAACUUGUCUUUUUUAAUGAGGGACCAACAACAUUUCAGAAGCUGUUUCUCUUUUUUUUGCUGGAUUAUCUCUGUGAUUUAUGGGAGUAGAAAGUGCAGAUCUGUCGAUACAUGCAAUUGAUAUAUUUUAAUGUUUGUAUUAAUAGGACAAAUGUUCCAACAGCAGACGUGAAAGCUAUUCUAUUUGUGUUUGAAACAAAGGUAAUUUGUGCUGUGAUUGGUCUGAAUACUACUUCUAGUUUGGGGUUAUUCUUUAAUUGUUGUGUUUUGUUUGUUUGUUUGUUUUGUUUUUUUGUCAUGUGUUGGUAGGUUCGUAAUGGUAAGUUAUACAGCCCCGUUAUUUGUAAUAAGGUUCAGUAUGUGUGAGGGUCACAUUUGUACUAAUAUUAGAGCGACUUGUUUGUAGUGGUAUUUUUGUAUUUAAAACCAAGACCAUAUAUGAAUAUAUAUAUAUAUUAUUUGCUAUUUAUGAUCGAAAAAAAAAUGUAUCUGAAUAUUUUGGAAAGCUGGAAUAUAACAAAAAA